UUCAAAAAAAAAAAACCAAAUCAUUUCUGAUUGAAAUCUUUUUUUAAUAGGAUAAUAUAAUGAACGGAACAUCGUGGGCUGACCAGUGGGACAACUCUGCCAAAGGAGGCCGCAUAGGUGGCGGUGCCGUUAGCGGAGGUGGAGGUGGAGCUCCGUCUACCUCGAAAACAGCUAAGCACAAGGAGAAACUGGGACAAGGGCUAGACAAGACAAAAGCUCUAGCUUCUUCUGGUUUUAAGAAGCUGAAGACAGGCUCUGCCAUUGGUUUCCGUUGGGUGAAAGACAAGUAUCACAAAACAACAAACAAACAUUAAACAUCAUUUACUUUAACCAGUAAUUUAUUUGAUGUAUAUUUUUAGCUUAUUUGAUUUUAAUGUUUUAUGCUAUUGGGUGAAGACAUCUUUUAUAUAUUCGUUGGGUUGUCGAUUGUAUUAGUUGUGAAACUUUGUAUUCAUGUCCUUAAAUUAAAUUGAUUUCUGAGAA